CGACCCGGCCGUUAGCUCUCCCUUGAGACUUGUGUUGUUGAAUCCGAUAACAGCAUAUUGCUUCUAAGAAAGAAAUAUUUACAAAUACCCUGUUGUCAAACCAUGCCCGCUCCAACAAGUCGUUUGAGAGCGCCCGAGGAGCUUGGGAAGAACGCCGCCGCAUCAGCUCCGCAGAUAAACCAAAAUGAGGAUGAUGUGUUAAUAGACUCUUCCGCGCCCUUGCCGGAGAUAACAACAACCUCCCAAGAUGCAGACACCGACAUGCACGUUGACGAGGAAGGACGGCCACUAUUCACCCCUAUAACAGCGACAGACGGCGCGUAUCGUAUAGAGAAUCGGAAGGUGCCCGUUCCGCCUCAUCGAAUGAGCCCGCUGAAAGCUGCAUGGCCGAAAAUAUACCCCCCGCUCGUAGAGCACCUAAAGCUACAGGUCCGAAUGAAUAUUAAAAGCAAGGCCGUUGAAUUACGGACCUCGAAAAAUACUACCGACACCGGCGCAUUGCAAAAAGGAGAAGAUUUCAUCAAGGCGUUUACCCUUGGGUUUGACGUAGAUGAUGCGAUUGCGCUACUCAGAUUGGAUGACUUGUACAUUGAAACAUUUGAAAUAAAGGACGUCAAGCCUUUGAACGGUGAGCAUCUGGGGCGAGCAAUUGGCCGUAUCGCUGGUAAAGAUGGAAAAACGAAAUUCGCCAUCGAGAAUGCUAGCAGGACUAGAGUUGUCCUUGCGGACCAAAAAAUCCACAUUCUCGGGGGAUUCCGAAACAUUCGCAUUGCUCGGGAAGCAAUUGUUAGUUUGAUUCUGGGCAGCCCCCCGGGCAAGGUAUAUGGGAACUUGCGGACCGUGGCCUCACGGAUGAAAGAACGGUUCUGAAAAGGUUCGAUUUUUUAAACAGAUACCAAAGGCGUUUUGGGCUUUUUACUUUUCGAGAUGGGAUUUUACUUGGCGAACGAAUUUGCAUGGCAUACGGUUUUACAAAUAAUGAAUAGAAACGCACGUUGCGAAAUCUUCUAGUGAGGUCCGGAAAUAAAAGAAAUUCAAAUUGAUAAUCAUCUCAAAGAAUCUAAGAGCCAGCCCAAUACCUUGACGCCAUAACUCAACUCUAGUCCUGCUUCAGCGGGGUAAUCACUUCUUCUAUUCCGUCCGCCGUAAUAAUCAUCGUUUGCAGCCCAUCGCCAACUUCGAUGUGCCUCUCCACAGCGCUGGUAAAGGCAUCGCGAACCAGUUCCAGAGCAGUAGCUCGAGACAGAGGCUCCGGUGUCACCUGAACCAGCUCACCACCGUGUUCAGCACUUUUAACGUACUGGUUCUUAAGGUUCACUUGAUUGUCCAGGAAAGGCAUAAUCAAGCUAGCAGCAGCGCCUGCCGCCCGACAGUACUCUCGUUCAUAAGAGCCAACAGGAUCAUAACUAUAGAGAGCACCUUUGCCAUCUUCAUCUAGGCCACCUAAUAUCGCAUGAACGUAGUAAGGAAAGAAUCGUUUCGAGUAUAAGAUGGUCGAUAAGCGCUGGGCGCAUGCCUUGACGGACAUCCGCUUUCCAUGGUGGUACUCAUACAUCUUAACAAUCGCAUCGAGCCGCUCUUUCAAAGCCUGGCCAUCGGCCGAGAAUCCGACAACGGAGAGGAUGAUAUGGCCCCCUUCGCCUGUCUCAUCCGCACCAAUCUUGAAUAUCUUUGGAGCGAACCGCGUGUUGAUAUUGUAUCCGGAAACUGAUCUAGUGUCGCCAGCUAGGAUCGCGAAAUCUGGCCCCGUUAUUCCCAAUGUGGAGCCACCAUUGUCGGUGUAU